AUGCGAUCAGUGAAGAUGGGUCAAGGAUAUUUUGAUAUUCUGAAGGCGGAAACUGCAAUGAGGAAAAAAGCUCUCCUGGACAAAAAGAAAGAAGAGGAGGAAAGAAACAAAUUCCAGCCAGCAAGAAUAACUACUACCGAACCCAGUGACUCUAGCCUGCUCCUCUAUAGUGGAGUGAAAAGGGUAGAAGGGAUGCCGGAUAUGAUUCUACGGCCUUUCACCCCGGUGUACAGCUGUCUGGUCUCAUCCACAAUGGACGAAUCACACGUAGAACCCCUCUUCCGGCAACUCUGUGCUCUCCACUGGCUCCUGGAAGCGCUGACCAUCGACCACAACCACCAUGGCAUGAGACCUGUGAUAACCUGUUGGAAUGAAAUGGACCCUGGCGGCAUCAAAAACACAUUAAAAAAAAUCAAUAAGGACAAGGUGAUAACACACAGAUGGGAACACUUCAUCAUGCCACCAAAGACCAAGAAAUAUAAAAUGCCAGCUGCUCGGUUCGUAGCCAUGCGGAAGUCGAGUCGGAAGGCAUCAACUAUCAGCCUUACUCGGACGAGUGGGGGUUCAUCUCCACAGAGUAGCAUGCUUUCAGUAAACCCAACUGGCUCAGAUGAUCCUCAGAGUUCCGCGACGGUGGGCACCAGCAGCAAAGAACUGGAGGACAACGAAUCGUCAUCCACCAAGCAGGAUGACGAGAGCAUCCCCAUCAGUCUUCAGAAGCUCAUGGAGAUGGUGCGUGAAGACGCCAGGAGGACAGUCCUUACAGAAGAUGAUUCCUAUAAAAAAAUAGCCAGCACAGUGUCCAUCCUCAAGCCGUCUUUUAGGAGUGAUACAAACUUAAAGGAAACCACCCAAAAGUCAAGCAUGACUGAUAAGUCAAGUACCACCAGCACAGAAAGUUUCCGGAGACCUAGAAGGAGGCAGGAAGAAAGAGGCAUCCAGAAAUUUUUAUCUUUUGGCGUUGCCACCAAUUUUUACAAAGAUGUAGAAAAAAUGAGACAUCCACUCGCCAUAGCAAGAGGAGAUGCUGAGGAGAUCGCAAACCACUGGUAUUUUGAUUUAUUAUCCAAACUCCCGGAGGAUCUAAAGAGAUACCGCCCUGCCAAGAAAAUCCUACAGAAACUACAAAAGCAUGGAGAGAAUCUAGACCUCCGAAUCAGACCCCACGUCCUGCUAAAAGUGCUUCAGGAUCUCCGUUCGUGGGAGCUGUGCUCCCCAGACAUCGCUGUGGCCAUUGAGUUUGUCCGAGAACAUAUUGUCCAAAUGCCCCAAGUGGACUACAUCAGGUGGCUUCGGACUCGAGUCAACCUUCCUAUGAGAUCCCACAGCGCCCCACCCCCCUAG